AUGGAAUUUCGAUGUCUUUUUGCAUACGGUUAUGUACUUAAUUUCGAUGGGUGUGAGAAGCGUUUGACUUAUAUCACAGAUGCACUCUUGCCAUCAAAGAGAAAGUCCAAGAGAUGCGGUGUUGCAUUGAUAAACAAAUGGUUAACCUUCCCGGAUAUGGGACACAUUGUAGCUUCUAUUUUGGGCAAAGCAGUCGUUAAGUUGACGAAACAAGGAGCAUCCGAGACAUUUUUUCCAUUGCGCGGUGUUCCAUCAUCCGACCCUUAUUCGCUGGUUAUUUGUGUUGGAGCUAUUCCCGGUCAUUAUGUCUAUGUCAGGUUGAAGGAUGGUUGUCCGAUACCUCCAACGUGUGUUCAAUGGAAACAACAUUGUUCACAAGAAACUAUUGUUUGGGAGUCAUAUUUUUCUAUUCAACAAGCCAAAUAUAGUAAACUAAUGCCCGAGCAAAUUGUCCACGACAAGAAGAGUGCCCGUGCUGGUUCCAGUUUUUGUGAUCCAAUUGACCUUUAA